CCUAACCGCCGUCAUGGCGGCUGUGCGCCUCUUCUGUGUCGUGUUUCUUAUGAGUUUGGCGGGAAUAGCUGUCGAGGGCCUUCGUGGCCCGCCAGGCAGCGUCUGCACUUUUGUCGGAACUCGCCAGGUGUCGUGGCAAAUACAAAACCGAAGACGCCGGGAAUCCGCCCUAGGUGUUUGGGACUAUCUGAAGGAGAUAUUCGGCACGAGGCCAAGGUACCGCCGUAGCUUUAUCACCGUUUAUGGCACUGAAUACUUCACGGACCACCGGUGUUGUGUGGGAUGGAAUCAGAUCGGUGACACCUGCCAAGCUUACUGCCACCUCUCGUGUAACAAUGGACUCUGCGUGGAUAUCAACGUCUGCGAGUGUGACGAAGGUUGGGAAGGACAGAACUGUGACCAGGACAUUGAUGAGUGUUGGGUGAUGAUACACGAUUGUGAACAAGGCUGCGUCAACACACCAGGUUCCUACAACUGUACCUGUAACGAUGGUCUGCAUCUGAUCAACGGGACAUCUUGCCAUGCUACACCCGACACUAAUGAGUGUGCCACCGAUAACGGCGGCUGUGACCAGAACUGCCACAACACCCACGGGUCCUUCACAUGCAGUUGUGACGCGGGCUACAACCUGGGUACGGAUGGACUGAGUUGUAUCGACAUCAACGAGUGUAGCACCAAUACUGGCGGCUGUGACCACUUUUGUACCAACACCGACGGAGGGAGGAACUGUAGCUGUCGCGACGGUUUUCGUCUGGUGGGAGAGACCACUUGUCGAGAUGACGACAUGUACCCUUAUGGAGAAGAAGUGGAAGGGCAGCCCCGCCAAUGGGACUUCUCAGAGUGUCACAAGGAGGAUCUUCCCCAGGAGGGCUUCCGGUUCUUCGGACGGAGACACCACAGCGUUCACAUCUGUGACAACGGAAUAGUUGGCUUCGAUCCGAUUGUCCGGCCAAGAUUCCCAACACCAAUUCAGAACGUCCUCGCUUUCAGCGAAGCGGCGGUCCUCGCGCCAUUCCUAGCCAAGUCCAAUGCUACAGUCUUGAACGACCUGCCGGAGGACCAGAGAACUCAAAUAUUCUACAGCUUCCACGAGACUGAUGACGGGAAUCCAGGGACUGAGCAGAUUCUCAACCUUGCCAGCUUAGAUGGGAGAAGCACCCCGGGUUUUUUUACUGGAGAUUACAAGGCUGUGUGGGCUUUGGUGGUGACCUGGAUAAGAGUUCCUCCCGAUUGCACCAUGUACGCUAACGGGGUUUGUCCUCGACCUCACGACCAGCUUCCCGUGAACACCUUCCAGUUAGUGAUCUCUACAGACGGAACGCUGUCCUUCGCCAACUUUGUCUACCCAACUCUAGCCCAGCAAUGGGUUAGUCCAGUUGAAGCCCAGGUCGGAGGGGCCGGCAUUUUCCCAAAGACUAACAUCGCGGUCGGUGGCUACAGUGCUGGUGACGGAAGAUUCUUUCCCUUCACACCGGCCACUAGUGCUGGAUUGACACACGAUGACGUGGAUUUCUCUGGACAGGACAACCAAAACCGCCACCCUGGCCUGAGGUUCCCGGUGUCUAUGAGAAAUCUUUUCCGGAUUAAUGGAGGUAAGUGGAAGUUUGCGCUGCAGAAUCAAGACGACAAUUCUGUCCCCCAGCGGAGUGUGGCUGACUGCUCACGGUGGCUGCGAAGCCAGAAGGUGGAAGACCCAACUCAGCUCUUUGGUUACGGCGCCCUGCCGUCUGUUGGGUCCUGCCCGUGUACUGCCGAACAGGCCUGGUUUGACUCAACCUUCAACCGCCCGCACUCAAUUACAUCGAGACCCUCGUGUGUGACCAGCCGACGCCGGGUCUACUCUUACGUUGAUUCAGAGAGAUUGUCAAUGAGGAGAAUGUGCUGCUACGAAAGGGCGAAUUGGUGGAGGCAGAGGACAAUCUCAUUUUUCCGGAGGUAUAGAAGGUGGAGACUUGGUGGAGGGGCUCGGCGGACUGGAUUACGAGGUGGACACCUCAUCAUGAACAGUUAUUCUGCAGACGUGAACGCCUGGCAAAGCUGCUGCGUAGACUCAGCGGCAGUCCGGAACAGCUGGUACUGUGACAGGUUCGUGCUGCAUCGCCCCCUGUCGUCCCCACCACGAGAGGGAUGUCGUAGCUACAGAAUCAGGAUUCCAUGGGUUCGAUACGAUCCCCAUCUCACAACAAUGGACGGAAACAAAUACUCUUUUAACGGGCUUGGAGACUUCUUACUCGCCGACGUCGACAGUGGAGAGUAUCAACUACAAUGCAGGAUGUCGCUUGCUCCAGGAACGGACCACGCCACGAUGAUCACCGCCAUGAUCGCGUACCAACGAGACAAACAGCCUGUGCUGAUCCAGGUGGUGGGAGACUCCGGCCUUGAGAUGUACGUGAACGGCAGCCUGACGGACCUGUCUGUGUUUGAUGGGGGGACUGACGAGGAAGACUACGAACUGGAGGUGGGAGACAACGCCCUGGUCACUAGGCCGGCCAACAACUCUCUUGACGUUGUCUUCUUCAGCGGCAUCACCGUGAAGGCUACAGCCAAAAAGGGAAUGCUUUCUGUGGAGUUUUCAUCCCCACCAGAGUUAAAAGGCAAGAUACGGGGACUCCUUGGUAGGUUUGAUGGAGACCAAUCAAAUGAUUUUGAGACUUCGAAUGGAACCAUACUACCUGUGAACGCAACAGAAAGGGAGCUCUACGAAGACUUCGGCCUCUCCUGGCAACUAACCAUCGAAGAUGGACCACGAAAAUCACUGUUUCCUAGCCAUACCCGAGACUCCUUCAAAACACGGUCUUCCUUCUACCCACAUUUCACCGACGAGAUCACGUUCAGUGACCCGGACCUGGAGGCUCGAGCUCGCACCACCUGCGGAAACAACACCGACUGUCUGUUUGACGUCAGCCAGACAGGGGACCUCGACCUCGGCAAAGAACUAGUGGAGGAUGAGCAGAAUUUCGACAACAGGCAGUCUGUGCUCAACUUGUUUCCCCCCACGUUGAGCGGACCUGACUCUGUGUACGCCAUUGUGGGCGAGACAGUGACUGUAGUUGUCUCGGCUACCGACUCGACCUCAAGUUCUUUCACCUUCGUGCUCGGACCAGAGGUCCCGGAUACUGUGCAGCUGAGCGUCAGAGAUUCGGAGGCUACCCUUGUUUGGCAGGUGGCAUCUGACUCGCCAUUUAAGCUCCAACUUGACGUGUACAAUCCGGAGAACACGUCGGCCCAGUACUGGCCAGUGGUUUAUAUGUGCUCCUGUCAGAACGGUGGCAACUGCGACGCAAGUGUAGACCCGGAUCCGUCCGUUGCAGGCGGCGAGAAUAAAUUCUUCAGGCGAACUUGCUCCUGUGCAACAGGGUACCACGGAGAGCGUUGUGAAAUGCAGGUAGACGCGUGCGUGGUAAACCUUCACCCGUGUUUCCCUGGGUCGAAUUGCACAGAUCUCCCUCCGCCGGCAGGGCACGGCGCGGAUGGAUACAUCUGUGGACCAUGUCCAGACGGGUACACUGGAGACGGCUAUAACUGUCAAGACCGUGAUGAGUGCGCAGGUGCAGAAGGUGCCGUCUGUCAGCACGAAUGUAGAAACUUCCUGGGCGGGUUUGACUGCGUCUGCAACGAUGGAUACAGUCUGGCGGACGACAGAGUAUCCUGCACCGACGUAGACGAAUGUCGUUACAACUUGAACAACUGUAGUCAGCUGUGCGAGAACACAGACGGGGCCUUCAACUGUUCCUGUAGGGAUGGGUUUGAGCUGGCUGCUGAUGGCGAGAGUUGUGAACCUAGCAGCCCGUGUAGUGGUGCUAUCAACCCAGGGUGUGACCCAGAGCUUGGCUGGUGCAUGGUGAACGGUACCGGCACCGCGGUGUGUUCCUGCAUGAAAGGCUACAGGCUGGGCGCUGAUGGCAUUACAUGCGAAGACGAGGACGAGUGUUUGAGUGGGCAUCACCAUUGUGAGCAGUUCUGUAACAACACGGCGGGAGGCUACAACUGUUACUGUGGAGAAGGGUACCAUACAGUGGAGGACUAUGUCGUGACGUGUCUGGAAAUUGACGAGUGUGCAGAGGGUUACGACGACUGUACAGAACACGAACGGUGUGUGAAUGACCCCGGCUCCUUCCACUGUGAAUGUAAAGAGGACAAUGUAGUAGUGAACGGCAUAUGUUUACCAGGAACAGCGACAACUCCCUUGACAACGGAUAAACCACUCACUGCGGAGCCAAUCGUCACAACUAAAGCCUCAGAGACAGACAAACCCACGAACCCCUGGACUGCCGACCCAACAGUAGAGAAUGUCAUCGAGUCAGAUACCAUAGUGAUUGAAAUCUUGUCAACGAUUCAAGAGCUCAUGACUUUGAUAGCGGAGUUCAAACGAGCUCUCGCCGCCGCCCUCACCGACUUCUGCAGUCAACAGGCAGACCGGAUCCCUGCAUGCAGAAGGGACGAUGGGGACAAGAGACGACAAUCGUACAGCCCCGCUGUGUUCCAUCCUGAAGACGUUCACGUCGCCGAAGGUUACCCGAAACCAGCCGCCUCGGACCCAACCCGAACAACCCUCGCUUUCUACAUGUCCUACUCCGACGCGGGAGACUUCAGGGCGGUACCGUUGGACACCUUAGAAACAGUUCUCCAACAGUCUCAGCCGCAGCUUGAAGCAGCUCUGGGUGACAGGUCCUUCACCUACGUGGGCUCGCUGAGUGAGUACUUGAAAAGCGGCCAGGUAGAUGCAGACAACACGGUCCUCUACGUCAUCAUCGGCGUUUCCGUAUCCAUUGGCGUCGUAGCCAUCAUUGCCGCAACAGGUUAUCUGUGGACCAAGAAGAAAAGAAGUUCCAAGAUUGACGACCAGCAGCAUCAGGCACUGCCAAUGGCUGUCACCAUGGCAGUGACUUCCAAGGAAGGGUUGGGUGCUGACAACCCAAUCAUAGACACCAAAGCUUAGGUAUUCGUGCUAAAACGUAGACCCUUUGUUGCUAGCAUGCUGUGAACGAAUGUUUUCGUUCUAUACCUAAUGGUUGAAUUGUUGGUUUGUUGACAUAUUACAAAUUACGCUUAUGCUUCGAUAUGCAGUAGAUGCCAUUAAACAGUUAUAUGAAUAA